UUGAUUCUUAUUUAUUUCGGGUUAAAAAAUAUAUUUUGAUCAUCAUUCCAAUGACAUCGUUUUUUUUUGCCGAUAAUCAAUAAUGUAUUCACAAACAAUGGCAUUUCGAACGUUUUAUUUUACCAUUAUUCUGGUCACCAUUUUGAUCAUAUUCAAUUAUCAUUCGGUAAUGGGAAUAAAUUUGAAUUAUGAAGAUUGUGGACUUCACAAUGUUUAUUCAGUAAACGUUGAUGGCUGUGAUGAUCAACUAUCCAGCAAUGAUGAAUGUGUUAUAGUGGAUAAAAAUUCUAUUACUUAUUAUCUUACAUUUGCAUCGGCAACCACUUCAAGUAAAUUUUUCAAUAAUGAAACAUUUCUACAAUCCGGUACGGAAAAUAUUACCAAUAUUGUUGGUGAUCUAUGCCAGAAUCCAAAUAAAUAUAAUAUCGAAAAAUGUCCUAUUGAAGCUAAUCAUAUAUAUAGAAUUAAUAAAUCAAUCAAUUAUAUGAAUCAAUUUGCGUUAAACUAUCAAUUGACUCUUGAAGAUAAAUAUUUUUCCAAUGCUGAUUCAAGACAAAAUCCACAAUUAUUGGCCUGUUCUCGGAUUCGUUUGCGAUAUUAUGAUAAUCGUUAUACAACAACUGCUCGUCCAGAUAAUCGAACUACGAAUAGACCAGAUGAUCAAUAUCGCGAAUGGUUAGAAAUAUUAACAAGUGUAUUACGACAAAGUGAAGAAUUGGCCAAUAAAACUGAAACAAAAUUACGACAACAUUAUCCGCAUCAAAAUUCGAGCAAUCCAAAUCAUAUUCUGCGAACAGUAGAAACACAAUUAAUACAAUUACGAAUAGAUGUGACUGGAAUUUGGAUAGAGAUUAGGCAUCGAAUAAUGCGUUCAGAUGAAAUGCGUGAAUUUCGUCUAUUUAUCGAACGAUCAUCGGAUACACUAUGGAAACAUGGUGAACAACUUCGUUUAACUAUAGAUAUUUUGGAUGAAUUUGGUUGGGAUUUUCAUGAUCAAUCCAAUGAAUGGAUACGUAAACAAAUUACACCAAUACUUGAACAACUAUUACAACGAUUACGUUCUAUGUAUGGCUAUCUUGAACUACAUCAUACAGAAGGAAAUGAUCCGACAAAAAUUAAUGAAUUCAUACAGGUUAUUAAACUCUACAUAGAUUUUAUUAAUCAACAUCGUUCCGAUCGAUUUGAUCAAAGUAGUUUGGAUCGAAUGUUGAUCUAUGUUCGAUUUGUUGAAGAUCGUCUAUUUGAAAUGGAAAAACAAUACUAUGGUGAUGAUUAUUAUCGACAUUAUCAUCAUGAUCAUUCUACACACAGAACGAUGUCAACACCAACAACAAGAUAUUUUUCUUAUAAAAGUGGCCAUAAAUCGAAACCAUUUAAUCGUCGUUAUCUUUAUUAUUAUUUAUAUCGAUUUGAUCGUGAAUAA